CCACCCUUUGAUGUUACAUUUGCAAACCCUACUGUUACCAUCACCGAUAGUUUAAUUAAAUGCGCUCCACUUGAACCGUUUGAAUUUAGAGAAUUUUCGUGAUGGCUUUGGAACAACAAUUUCUUCCUGCUCAUUAAUUAUCUUAUUGUCUGAAUUGUGUAUUGUUUCUCGAUUAAGUUUUUAGAGAACGUUCGGUUUAUGGUAUUUUGCCUUGAGACAUCAUGUUGAAUCCACCUCCGGUUAGGUCAUACUAUAAUGAGUCAAGGUGCCCCUUUAUUUUUUAUGGUUCCUGAAAUAUGCAGACACGGUUUCGAUCUCAAUCACGAAAUUUGCUAACCGCCUUCAAUUUAAAAAUGUGUGUUUCAAAAAACGACUUUUGGCACUUGCAGUGGCCGACACUGGCUUAUUUGCGAAAAGUUCCUCGAUGCCUGGACUGGAAAUUCAAGAUUAAAUUCGCACGAUUUAAACAGAUGAAGGCAUAUAAAAGGUAUUCUUCGAGUCAAUGGCCAGUCAUUCAGUGUAUCUCAGUGUAGCUGUUUGUUCAUUAAGAGAGGAGAAUGUUUUCGCGGACCCUGGACCUUUUUCUCAUCUGUGGAUUAGUCUUCUCUGCUGGAGCCGCUCCUGCGGUCAGCAAAGCCCGGCAGUUCCUGCCGGCCCUGCCAGGGUACGUACCCGUGUACAUUCGCCCUGGUGAUACUCCCUUGGAGGAUAUCAACCCGGAUUUGGCCGAAGCCUUUAGCAGCUAUGCACGGAAAAACGCCAGACUGAGCUUUGGGCGCGCCGAACCAGUGUUUGACGGCAAAGUACCUAGCAACGGCUCGCUGAAUCAAAUUUCGGACAUUGACGACGUCAAUUUUCAAGAGGAGAAUCUGGCGCUUACCUCAACCGAACACAGUUUAUCUCAGUCGCAACAUAUUCAAAAAAUUCCAAAAAAUUAGGCCCGAAUCCUACAAACUUAUUUAUUUAUGUAAAUAUUUAAUAAAUAUGUUCAAACUA